AUGGGUUCAAUACAGCAAGAUGACAUUCACAAUCAGAAAUACCACUGCAAUCAGUCAUAUGACUUAACGGCAGCCCGGUUGAAUUGCAAUGGCGUCGAAUCAUUUGAGUUCACGGGCCUUGCAUCCGACGAGGCCUCGAGUCCCACAGGCAUGAGAGACGAAAUCGUGCUUUUAUCCUGGCUCAUUGCGAUCCUGCGGACACGAGAAGGCGGCCAAAUUCGGUAUGAAUGGGCAUAUAGGUAUCCAGAAGAGGAGCCGGUACCUAGAUAUCUGGCUAUGAAUGAAGUAGUGGCGGGAUUACAAAGUAGGGUCAAGGAAACUGCGGCAGCUGUCUCUCGGCAUAUUGCUGCAGAUGCAUCGAGUUCGUCGGCGCCAGCAUCUCUGCUUCUGAGCACUGGCUCUCUUUUCCAGACGUCAGACGGAGCACAAGAUGAAGGGCUACUUCACCUAGAAGUCUCUUUCGAGAAUGGGUUGCCCAAGAUUCGUCCGACAUGGCACUCUGAGAAUAUGUUGCCGUUUACAGUGACGCGAUACGUCAGGACCCUCAUCGACACGGUUAGGCUGUGCAUUUCCAAUUCUGAUGCCUCCAUCCAAGACUGCCUUCGACCUACCACAUCCGAUCUCGACGAGAUAUGGCGCUGGAAUCACGACCUGCCACCUACGUAUAAUUUCUGCAUGCACGAGAUAAUCUCCGAUCAGGCUCAGAAGUUCCCCGACAAAGAAGCAAUCGCAUCCUGGGACGGCAGCCUGACAUACAGGCAGAUUGAUCAGUAUUCAUCAUUAGUCGCGCGCUCACUUAUAGAGAUGGGAGUCGGGCUGCAUGAUGUCUUACCAGUCUGCUUUGAGAAAUCCAGAUGGACGGUCGUCGCGGUUCUGGCCGUAAUGAAAGCUGGCGCGACGUUUGUACUAAUGGACCCGACGCUUCCGCUUGCGCGACUGCAGAACAUGACCCAACAGGUCGGCGCGAAGAUGAUCGUUUCAUCUCGGGGCCAGUACAACCUGGCGACGGAGAUCAUACCCAAUGCAAAAGUGCUCGUCGUGGAGGAAAACACGUUCAGCAGUCUGUCCGCCGAACAGAACACCAUACCCCUACCAACGGUUCCCUCCUCCGCCCUGAUGUACAUAAUCUUUACAUCCGGCAGCACAGGUACUCCGAAAGGAGUCAAAAUAUCCCACGAAACCUACACCAGUAGUGCUAUUCCCCGAGCCAAUGCUGUCGGCUACACGGAGGAUUCCCGCGUUCUCGACUUUGCCUCCUACGCCUUCGACGUCAGCAUCGACAGUAUGCUUCUGACCCUGGGCAACGGUGGCUGUCUGUGCAUUCCAUCCGACGAAGACCGCCUGAACGACAUCAAUGGCGUGAUACGGCGGAUGAAAGUCAACUAUGCGGGCCUGACGCCUUCGGUCGCCCGUAUUCUAGACGCAGAUGUAAUAUCCUCGCUCAGUGGCCUUGGCCUUGGAGGAGAGGCCGUCUCAGCGAGAGAUGUCAAUCUCUGGGGUCAGGACACCAGGAUUAUUAUCGGCUACGGUCCCUGCGAAUGCACGAUUGGAUGUACAGUGAAUAGUAGCGCGGCAACGGGGAGAGACUAUAUCUCCAUUGGCCCUGGUAAUGGGGCAGUAAUCUGGAUAGUCGACCCUAAUGACCAUGAGUCUCUCGUGCCUGUCGGCGCGGUAGGAGAGCUGCUGGUAGAAGGUCCCAUAGUAGGACAGGGCUACCUGAAUAAUCCGGAGAAAACUGCGGCAGCGUUUAUUGAAGACCCCUCUUGGUUGAUUGCGGGCCACAAGGGUUACCACGGUCGUCGGGGCCGUCUGUACAAGACCGGUGAUCUGGGUCGAUAUGACCCGGAUGGGUCAGGCGGUAUUGUGUUCGUGGGACGCAAGGAUACCCAAGUCAAAUUGCGAGGACAACGGGUAGAGCUCGGGGAGAUCGAAAGCCAAUUGAGAGCCAGAUUGCCCUCGGAGACGACUGUGAUCGCCGAGGUGAUUGUACCCCAAGGGUCUGGGGGACAACCGACGCUGGUGGCGUUUGUUGCUGCUCAGACGACCAAGGGACAUGACCAUACCGAACUUGAGGCGGCAGAGCUUCCCGAUGAGCUGCGAAGGGCGCUGUCAGAAGCCGAUGCGGAGCUGGCAAAGGUAUUGCCUCGAUAUAUGGUGCCAACGGCGUAUAUCCCUAUCAACCACAUCCCUACGUUGAUUUCGGGCAAAACAGACCGCAAGAGACUGAGGCAGUUUGGUGCAACUGUUGACCUGCGCCAGCUGGACCAGGAUGCUACGAACACUGCAACUCGGGAGCUGAGUGAUCUGGAGCGACGCUUGCGACAGGCAUGGAGCCAGACGUUGAAGCUCCGAGCGGAUUCUAUUCGUCUACAGGACAACUUCUUCGCUCUGGGUGGAGACUCCCUCACAGCCAUGAAACUGGUCUCUGUAUGUCGGUCCCAGGGUCUCGACCUCAGUGUCACCAGCAUGUUUAGCAAUCCUACCCUGUCAGCCAUGGCCAGCGUUGUUCGUAUUUGCGACGUCGACGUGCAAAGGGAAGUCCCGGCAUUCUCAAUGAUCACGUCCGAUGUCCAGAGUGCCUGCGUAGAGGCAGCAGAGCCCUGCGGAGUUGUCCCAGCAGAUAUUGAGGACAUCUACCCCUGUACGCCAACACAGGAGUCUCUUUUCACUUUCUCGCUCAAGUCAGUCAAGCCCUACGUGGCACAGAGAGUUCUAUGUAUCCCGUCGCAUAUCGACCUCGACGCCUGGAGGAAGGCGUGGGAGGACGUGGUUGCCGCACUCCCCAUCCUACGGACACGAGUGGCCCAGUUGCAAGAGCCUGGUCUUCAGCAAGUUGUACUCAAGAAGAGCGUUUCCUGGACGCAAGCCUCAAGUCUAGCGGAAUACCUAGAGAAAGACCGAACCGAAAAGAUGAAUCUCGGAGAGAGGCUGGCCCGUUACGCCAUCGUUGAAGACUCAGCCGACGGCAAGCGAUACAUGGUUUGGACUAUUCACCACGUCCUGUACGAUGGGUGGUCAGAGCCGAUCAUCCUCAAGAAAGUCAGCGACGCCCUGCAAGGGCAGCCAGUCGAGGUAAUGACGCAGAUGCGAGACUUUGUCAAAUACGUGCGCGACUCGGAUGACGCCGCAGUGCAGGAAUUCUGGCGCCGGGAGCUGAAAGGUGCCGUCGGGCCUCAAUUCCCGCGUCUACCCUCCAGAGACUUCAUGCCUACCCCGGACGCCCUAGUCGAGCGUCAAGUCUCUCUUGAUACCAGUUCCGGAUCACCAUUUACCAUGGCGACAUUGAUUCGCGGCGCCUGGGCGCUCGUCGCGUCCCAAUACACCGGAAGCGACGAUAUCGUGUUCGGCGAGACCCUCACAGGUCGCGACAUCCCACUACCUGGAGUCGAAAGCAUUGUUGGACCAUUAAUUGCAACGGUCCCCAUCCGCGUGCGCAUUCACCGGGGAAGUACUGUGGAGUCCUACCUGCAAGCCGUGCAGCAGAGUGUUUUGGCUCGUACCCCAUACCAGCAUUUGGGCAUGCAGAACAUCCGCAAGGUUAGCCAAGAUGCGCAACACGCGUGCGAAACUGGUACUGGUCUGGUCAUCCAGCCUGAACCAGAGUAUGUCGGCAGCGAACUGGGCGUUGAGAGAGGGGACGUGGUUCUUGAAGCGCUGCAUUUCAACCCGUAUCCGCUGAUGCUGGCUUGCGGGAUUCGCAAGGGUGGUUUCCGGGUUUGCGCAAGCUUUGACAGCAGCUUGAUUGAGAUCAGGCAGAUGGAACGGAUGCUUGCCCAGCUUGAGACCGCUUGCUCGCAGUUGAGUAAAGGUCUUUCCCGGAGGGUUGACGAGAUCUCGUGUCUCCCCGAAGCCGAGUUGAACCAGAUCUGGCAAUGGAAUCGGAGUCCACCUUUGUCUCUGGACGAAGCAACCAGUAGGUUUCGUGCGAAUGCAAGCACAAAGCCUGGUUCAAGCUAUCCUCCCGCGAUUGUUCCUUGGGUUUGUAACCCUCGAAACCCGUCCCUCCUCUCGCCUAUCGGCUGUGUUGGUGAGCUCUGGCUUGAAGGAGCCCUCCUUUCUGGUGACACGGUUGAUUCCCCUGCCUGGCUUGUGGCUGGAAGCUCUACCUGCGCUGGCCGAACUGGCAGAGUGCAAGCAACCGGCGACAUGGUUCAGUUGCGAGAAGACGGCAGUUUAGUGUUUGUUGGUCGGAAGGAGAAUGUUGUUCCUGUUCAAGGACAUGCAGUGGAUAUCACAGAGAUUGAAAGGUAUCUCGCAGAACAUCUUCCGUCGACAAUCAGUGCCGCUGCUACUGUAGUGCGAUCCUCAUCCGACCAGGAGCUGGUUAUGCUCAUUGAGCAACCGGCUGCGGAGGAAGCCUGUAUUGAGCUCCUGUCGGAGAAGCGCGAGAUAGUGUGCGACUCGCCAGGUCAAGCCUUCCAGACCACAAUUUGCGCGAUGAUCCCGGGCAGUCUUGCUGCAGCGUUGAAAAAGCUGGACAAAUACAUGCGAGACUCGCUUCCGUCGUAUAUGGCACCGUCCGCUUACAUCGUGGUAGAGAAACUGCCCAAUAUGAUGGGCGAUAUCGACCACAGUUUGCUCAAUCAGAUCGCCUCUCAGGUUACUCCACAAACCCUCAACCAGCUUCGUGAUGGUUUGAGAAACGCUUGGACCAAGGCUACAAUCCAAAACCACCUAUCAGCUUCAGAAAGCAUUCUGCGGUCUGCAUGGGCCAAAGUGCUUCGUGUCGAUCCGGAGCAGAUCGACGUGGACGACAAUUUCUUCCGGCGCGGUGGUGAUUCCGUACUUGCAAUGAAGCUAGUGUCGAGUCUCCGAGCGCAAGGCCACAGCUUGUCCGUGGCUGAUAUCUUCCGACACAUGCGUCUCGGCGACGCUGCCAGAGUGUUGAAGGUGGAUGAACGCUCAACAGAGAAGGUCAACUCAUAUCAGCCAUUUUCGACGCUCCGUCUCCCAGACGUUCAGCAGUUCCUAACCGACACUGUCCGACCACAGCUUGGGGACCAAAAGUGGCCCAUUCGAGACGUGUUGCCGGUGACCGACUCCCAGGCUCUGGAUAUCAGUGCAACCAUUCAGCCGCCGAGGACGUCGAUCCAGUAUACAAUGCUGUACUUUGACAACAGCGUUGACAGAGAGCAGUUGUUCCGUUCGUGCAGCGACCUGGUUAAGACGCACGAGAUUCUCCGUACCGUCUUUAUAUCACACGAAUCCAGCUUCUUGCAGGUUGUCUUAAAUGAGUUGGAAAUUCCUGUGCGCGCACACAAGGCUGACAAGCAGCUCGAUCAAUACGUCGCCAGCCUCUGCAGGGAGGACAUCGAAUCCAACUUCCAGUUAGGAUGUCCAUUCCUCCGACUUUUCUACGUCGAGGGAAACAACGGCGAAUCCUGCCUCGUCAUAGGCUUAUCCCACGCCCAAUACGAUGGCGUCUCCCUGCCCAGGUUACUCCAAGACCUAGACGCCCUAUACACCGGCACCCAGCUCGCCACCUUCUCCCCGUUCUCCUUGUACAUGGCCCAGACCAGCGAAGAGCCAAUCCAAAGCAAAGCAACGACCUACUGGCGCAACCUCCUCUCCGACUCCUCACUCUCGACUCUCGACAUACCCUCCUCCGAUCCCACCGACAAAGCAAUCUUCCACACCCGCCCCGUCAACAUUCAUCCCCUCAAGGAAAUCACCACCGCAAACCUCCUCACAGCAGCCUGGGCCAUGGUCCUUGCUUGCCGUCUCCAAACACCAGACGUCACCUUCGGCAGCGUCACCUCCGGCCGCACCCUCGACAUCCCCAACGCCGAGAACGUCAUGGGCCCCUGCUACCAGCUCACCCCCGUCCGGGUCCCCUUCAAGCCCGACUGGACCGCAAGCGACUUACUCAACUUCGUCCAGACGCAGUCUGCCGAGUCUGCGGCCCAUGACUUCCUCGGCUUUGAGAAGAUCGCUAAGCUCGCGGGGUGGGGCUCAGGAAGGAAAUGCUUUGAUUCGAUCGUGCAUCAUCAGGACUGGGAGGAUUUCGAAAUGAUGCCGUUUGGUGGGGGGACUUGCCGGGUGGACAUUGCAAAUCCGCAUGGGGAUGCGGCGUAUCCGGUCAAGGCUGUUUCGUUUGUGAAGGAGGGAGAGAUACAUGUUGGUGUGGUUGGUAGUGAGAGGGAUGUAGUGUUUGUAGACGAGGUUCUGGGGGAAUUGGUUGCUGCGGUUUUGGAGUUGGCUGGUCAGAGUAAAGAGGUGUUGCUUGAUAGCAAGUUGUUUAGUAUACAGUGA